AUAAAUUUGUGCUUUUCUUGUCAUUAAUUAAUAUUAAUGAGCAGCUAGCUAAGCAAACAAUCAGCUCCUUAAAAAUUUUAAAGAUAACCACCUCUUUCAAAAUUAAAACCAACAGAAGUAUAAGAUCCAUUUUAAAAAUAAACUAAUGGUUUUGAUCCUAUAAAAUAUGUUAAACCUGGAUUGAGUAAAGAAGAUGUCAUUAAAAUAAAAGAAUGUUUUGAUAUUUUUGAUGAUGAUAAAAGUGGUGCUAUUUCGUAAGAAAUGAUAUAUAAUCUCUUCAUAGACCUAAUGAAUUAAAAAAUGCUAUAGUAGCUUUAGGUAUGGAAUAAAGUAUAGAAGAUAUUGUGAAUAUGAUUCAAGAUCUUGAUUAAGAUGGAUCAAGGUAAGUUGAUUUUGAAGAGUUUUUAUAAAUAUUUGGAUUUUAAGGGUAUUUUUUAUUUUAUUUUAAGUUCUUUAGAAGAUGAAGAAGUAUUAUCAGAUUUAUAUAAAUAAUUUGAUUCCUCUAAAGAAGGUAAAAUUACUUAUGAGGAUUUCAAAAGAAUUAAUGAAUUAGUAGCUGAAAGAUAUACUGAUCAAGAAUUAAGAGAUAUGGUACAAUUUGCUGAUUAAAAUAAAGAUGGAGUUUUAAGUUGGGAUGAAUUCAAAAUAGUUAUUCAAAAAGAAAAUUAGAAUAAUAACAAAUGAAUAACAAAUAAAAUAUAAA